CUAGCAACGAAAACAAAUGGAGGGCUCGGUCGUGAGGAUGGGGCCCUGCGGCGGCGGCGGCGGCCACGACAGGGACAUGGACAUGCGCGGCGUCAACCGCGUCGUCAAGGUGGUCGUCCGCCACGGCGACACCGUCGACGCCAUCUCCGUCCUCUACGAGCGCAACGGCCGGGAGGAGUGGACCGACCUGUGGGGAGGACAAGGGGGAACGCUCGCCGAGAUCUGCCUGCAGCCGGACGAGCACUUCACCAGCGUGGUGGGACACUACGGCGAGUUCGACGGCAGCUUCGCCGUGAGGUCGCUCACCUUCGUCGGCAACCGACGCAGCUUCGGGCCGUACGGGCAGGAGGACGGCGUGCCGUUCACGCUCCCCGCCGCCGGAGGAAAGAUCCUCGGCUUCCACGCGCGCUCCGGUCGCCGCCUCGACGCGCUCGGCACAUACGUCAAGAUGGUUGCUGAUAAGGUCCCGGCGAGGAGAAGGAUGGCUGACAAAUCGGCGCCGACGACGCCACGGAGCUGAUCGAGCGUGUCCCCUCCUCGUAGAUGUUUCUUUGUUGUACCGUACGUGCGUAGUAUAGUUUCUCACUAGUUACGGCUCGUACAUGCGAUUUACCAUUUCAUAGUACUUUUUGUGUUUUUCUUCACCUUGUAAUUGUAUCAUAAUUCGGUGUUCGUUCAAAAUCAUAGUACUACCAAACAAG